UCUGCAGAGAGGUGAGUUUUAAAGGGGCAUUUGCAAGCAGGAGAAACGCCACUUUCUUUGGGUGAGAACGAAAAAGGAGAAUACGCUGUCUGGUUGAGGGAAGCUGGAAACAAGGAGAGACCGGGGUCCCUCUAAAUCCACCUAGAGAUGAAGUUGCCACGUGAUCAGACAAAACUCAAUUUGGCUCUUGUGCAGCAGCAUGAAUAUGAACACGAUCAAUCAAUCAAUCAGCUGCUCAUGCCUGCAGAUCAAGCUACUUGUAAUGUUACAGGAGCUACUUGUAAUGUUACCGAAGGAGGGUCUUUUUGCUCAUUUCCAAGUCAACCGCUCCUAUUCAGCCAGCGGUUUCUACAUAUACUGGUCAUCUCUGGGCUCCCAUGGGAUAAACCGUUCACUGAACUGUGAAAAGUGUCCUUGGCUUGUAAUUUCUAAGGCCUGAGAGACAACGAAAUGGCCACCAAACAGGUGGUCCUGUCCACCUUGGAUCCCACUUUCCAGGCUGCACUAGAACAGAAUGUGCAUCCAGAAGUGAAAAGGGAAAGGGAGGAACUGCAAUUCCCCCAAGCAAGGGAGGAAGGAGAAAAACACUUGGAUUCUAUCACACCAGGAAAAGAUGAACAGCUACCCAGAUGCAGGGAGUCCCAGUGGCUGGAGAAGACAACAGGCCGAGGAUGGAAAAGCCAACUGGUGCUAGACUCCAGAUCAUGGGGUGAUGGGGUCCCCUCUGAAGGGGUCCCUGAUGCCAGCCAUUUGUCUAGAGGAGAGUGGGAGCUCCGGUUUUGCAGGGAUGAGGCCCAAAAGGCAUGCGAUAAAAUGAUGGCUGGAGAUGUAGAAAAUUGUGAGGAACGGAGAGAAGAAAAUAGCAUCCGCUUGGAGAUGCUUCGCCAGUGUUUCAGGAGAUUCUGUUAUCAGGAAGCUGACGGGCCCCGAGAGGCCUGCAGCCGCCUCUGGCAUCUUUGCCAUCGUUGGCUGAAGCCAGAAAGGUAUACAAAAGAGAGGAUCUUGGAGCUGGUAGUUCUGGAGCAGUUCCUGACCAUUCUACCACUGGAAAUCCAGAGCUGGGUGAGCGGAAAUAGUCCGGAGACCUGCGUCCAAGCUGUCGCCCUGGCUGAGGAUUUCCUGCUGAGCCGGCCAGAGAAGGUUCCCUUGAACUUGGAGGAAAAACAACCCUGCAGGGGGGCCAAAAAGGAAAGAGAAGAGGAUCCAGUUUUGCUGGCAGGUGAAGAACUAGUAAAUGAAGUCACAGUGGAGGGAGAGAAAUAUCAGCUGAAGAAAUCUGGUCCGGGGGAAGAAUGUGGUACUUUUCUGAGCGCAGGAACAGAAAGCAUGUCUCGGGUUCCUGUGGAGGCAGGCUGUCCAGAGGAAAAGGCCCACAAAACUGUUCCUGGCAGGGAAGCCCAUGAAACGACAUAUUUGAGGAUCCACAAGGGCAAGAAGGAAAGGACUUGUGCUGUGUGUGGGAAAAGCUUCAGCAGGAGUACGGGACUGAUUGCCCACGAGAGAACUCACACGGGAGAGAAGCCAUACGAGUGCUCAGACUGCGGGAAAAGCUUCAGCCUGAGGUCAUCCCUUGUCGCUCAUGAAAGAACUCACACGGGAGAGAAGCCCUAUUCAUGCUCCCACUGUGGGAAGAGUUUCAUUGUGAGUUCCCACCUGAUCAAGCAUCAGAGGAUCCACUCAGGAGAGAAACCUUACAAAUGCCUGGAAUGCGGGAAGAGUUUCCAUCAGAGCUCCCAUCUGAGGAAUCACGAACGGAUACAUCUGGGUGACAAGCCCUUCAAAUGUUCAGACUGUGGGAAAGGUUUUAGCAUGAGCUCCGACCUAAUUACUCACCAGAGAGCCCACACAGGGGAAAAGCCGUUUAAAUGCUCAGAUUGUGGGAAAAGCUUUGGCCGGAGUUCACAGCUUAUUAGCCACCAGAGGACCCAUACAGGGGAAAAACCAUACACGUGCAACGAGUGCGGGAAAAGCUUCAGCGUGAGCUCCAUCCUCACUAGGCACCAGAGAAUCCACACAGGAGAAAAACCAUAUAAAUGUUUGGACUGUGGAAAAAGCUUUGGUGUGAGCUCGGAUCUCAUGGUGCAUGAGCGGACCCACACGGGAGAGAAACCGUAUAAAUGUUCUGAGUGUGGGAAAAGCUUCAUUCAGAAAUCACACCUCAAUACACAUCAGAGAAUCCACACAGGUGAAAAACCAUAUCAGUGCACUGAGUGCGGGGUAUGCUUCAGUGUGAGGUCGCUUCUUAGUAGGCACCAGAGAAUCCACACAGGAGAGAAGCCAUACAAGUGUCUGGCCUGUGGGAAAGGCUUCAGUGUGAGCUCGGACCUGAUGGUGCAUGAGAGAUCCCACACGGGAGAAAAGCCGUAUAAGUGUUCGGAAUGUGGGAAAAGGUUCAGUCAGAAGUCACACCUUAAUACGCACUUGAGAACCCACGCUGGAGUAAAUCAUAUCCAUACUUGGACCGUGGUCUGAGGGCGGAUGAUUUCAAAACUUACUGUAUGUCAUACGUCAAAGAAUGGGCUAACUGGGCUUCCCCGAGGGGGCAUCUGGUUAGCUGCUUUUGGAGACAAAUGAACUAAAUGAAGUUUUGGUCUGCUUAUCAGUAUAGCUAGUCCUUACAUCAGGGCUGCUCAACUUCGGCCCUCCUGCAGAUGUUGGCCUAGAACUCCCGUAAUCCCUGGCUAUUGGCCACAGUGGCUGGGGAUUAUGGGAGUUGUAGUCCAAAAACAGCUGGGGGUGCCAAAGUUGAGUAGGCCUGCCUUACAUUCUUAAUGCAAACUGGGAGGGCAGCCCUAUCCCUUUAAGUCAGGGGUUCUCAAACUUGGGUCCCCAGAUGCUGUUGGACUUCAACUUCCAUAAUCCCACAUGCCAUUGUGGCAGGGGAUUAUGGGAACUGAAGUCUGACAACAUCUGGGAACUCAAAUUUGAGAACAUCUGCUUUAAGGAACAAACCUUCCUUUUUAAAAAAAAAAUUGUCAUUUUAAAAAUAUAUGAAUUUUUAAAGUUUUCCCUUCAGGUUAUGAUAUGUACACAGUCCUGCACACAGUUAAACACAUGAAACUGCUUCCUGCUGAAUUAGACUCUUGUUUGUCAUUUUAAGUGGCGCAGCAGGGA